CUCCCUUAUCUAUUAGCCCCCCAUCCGGUUAGCGCAGACACAGUAUCCCAGACUCCAAGACGCAACCCCUUCCGGGUUCCAAAACGGAGCUCAACCUCAGUGCCAAUGGCGUCCUCCGCCCUCACUUCCACGCUCAUCCCUCCUCAAUGUCCCUCCAAUCCUCCAUUUUUACAAUCUCCUCUUGGCCAAUUUCCAUGUCCUCCCGCCGUCUCAUUCUCCCACAGCGUCGGCCUCAGGGCCUGCCCUUCCAUCAAACCCAAAUCACCUUUCUUUUGCCGGAUCAGAAGAGACGUCGGUUUCUGUGUCAAGGCCCAAACCUUGGACUUUUCUGGUUCGUUCUUCGAAGGCGGGUUCGGGUCCGAUGAAGACCCGCCAUCCCCGCCAGGUCCGGUGAUUACGGAUGUCGAGGAAAAGGAGGCGCCUCAGUGCCCACCGGGCCUCCGUCAAUACGAGACCAUGGUGGUCCUCAGGCCCGACAUGUCCGAGGAUGAAAGACUCGCACUCACCCAGAAGUACGAGGAGUUGCUUGUUGCUGGGGGUGGCAUGUAUGUGGAGGUAUUCAACAGAGGGGUCAUUCCACUGGCCUAUAGCAUUCAGAAGAAAAACAAAGCUGGGGAGACUAAUACUUACUUGGAUGGUAUCUAUCUUCUCUUCACCUACUUCACAAAACCCGAGUCCCUGGCAAUUCUUGAGCAGACACUAAAACGAGAUGAUGAAGUUAUCCGAUCAAUGAGUUUCAAGAUAAGGAAGAGGAAAUUGGUUUAAUUUGAAUUGUUUGUUUUGGAUUUCAGAGGAAGAUUGUUAGGAAAGAAAAACUUGUAUGCACGAUGUAAUCUCAUUGGCCAUGCAUCUCACCUUCUGUUCCUUCUCCUUGAGAUUUUUAAUUUCUGUAAUAUAGUUGGAUUAAUGGCAAUAGAAAAUCUAUGCAGGUGCUAGAA